AUACGGGGUAUUGCUGUGCCGAUGAUUGGGGAUACUCUGUGAUCAGUUCUAGGCUGCCUUCUUCCUGCAGCUCAUCCUCCCGCUCAACACUUUCCUUGAUCGUUGUUUCUCUCGAGGGCAGGCCCCUUCUUUGCGUCGAUUUCUUUCUCCUCCAACUUCUCCCUGGCCGGUGACAGACCAGAUACCCAUCAUUCUACGGCGGAUACCUAUCGAUUGUCGAUACCGAUACCGAUACCGACACCGACGCCGACGCAUCGGCAUUACCUACCUACUAUCCAUUAAUCAAUCAGCUGAACACACACUUCAAAAAUGCCCUCCACAACUUCCGCCUCCCCUCCCUCCUCCCCGGAAUUGCUCGAAUCAGAUCUCCUCUCACAUCUCUCCUCGACCACUGCCCUCGAAGACCUCCAUGCAACACUCCUCUGCUCCCUGCAACGGAUGGGAUGGACCGAAAAGAUCCGCGAUCUAAGCCUGCAGCUUCUCCGCGCCGGUCGCUGUGAGAGAUUCGACGAGGUCGUUGAUGCCGUCGUCGCUUUGGCCGAGGGGGGGUCACAUCCCGCGGCUGUGCCCGACGAUACUACAAAUCCGGAUGCCAACGAUGCAGACACCCACAAUGAGAAUGGAAGUCAAUAUUUGAAUACUUUGUUGGCCAAUAUCAACGUACGCAUCCCCUCCGCUGUCGUCGAGCAGGGGGUUUCCGCUAUCAAGGAGAUGCUCGGGGACAUCAUAGUCAUCGAGGAUGAUGCCCUGGAGAACACGGCUACAAAUGGUGACGGGGACAGCCGCAAUAAUACUAGCGGUAACGAUAAACCAUAGCAUGUUUGUAUGUCUGUAAAAAAUUACGAGUAGAAAUCAAAGAGGGC